GCUCGGUGCCCUCCGCCCGCUGCCCUCGCCCCGCAGCCCCCCCGGGCCGCCCCCCGAGGAUGCUCGGGCUCCGCUCGGACACGGAUGUCCCGACGGACAGCGAGGAGUAGAGCCCGCCAGGAGCCCCCCAGGCCCGGCAGGGAGCGGAGCCGAGCCCGCGGCCGCAUCUUCCGGACGGAUCCGCGAGGAAAGCGGCUGCUGGGCCGGGAUAACCCGAUGGUUUAGCAGCGCCGGCCGGGCUGCGCCGCUCCUGCACCGCCAUGGGCACCGGGAUGUGCUCCAGGAGGCAGAAGGGGCUGCUGCCCACCGCCCUCUGCCUGCUCACCCUGGCCUGCCUGGCCUCCGGAGUUCUCCUCUACAGCCACUUGCAGCAGAAGGUGCGGAGCGCCGAGGCGCUGGCGCAGAAAUACAAACAGCAGCAGGAAGCGCUGUCAGCCCAGCUCCAAGUGGUGUACGAGCACCGGUCCCGCCUGGAGCGCUCCCUGCAGAAGGAGAGGGGCGAGCACAAGAAGACCAAGGAAGAUUUCUUGGUGUACAAGCUGGAGGCUCAGGAAGCUCUCAACAAGGAGAAGCAAGACUCCAUGAACAGAUAUGGGGCCCUCAGCUCCCAGCACAAGAUCCUGAAGAACCAGCACGACGAUGUCAAGAAGCAGCUGCUGGACCUGCAGCUGCAGCACAACAGCCUCAGGCUGGAGCACAGGAGGAGCCUGGAGAGCCAGAGCCAGCGAGCGGCGCAGCUGCAGCAGCAGAGGGACAGCGAGGUCACCAGGCUGCAGGACACGGUGUUUAAACUCAGAGAAGAGAGCAAGCUCCUCAGGAAGGCUCACCUGGAGGUUCACUCCCAGCUCCUCAGUGCCCAGGCCCAGGUGGAGGAGUUCAGGCAGCUCAAGGAAGCCCUCCAGAAGAUGCCAGGCUUGAGAGGAGGAGGAGGAGGAGGAGGAGGAGGGAAGGGGCAGCAGCCCCUGGUGCCAGCCAGCAGCCCGCUGCAGCCAGGGAGGCACAAGGUUUCCCAGCCCAGCCAGGAGAUCCAGAGCCCCUCGGUGGUGCCCGGUGCCCAGCAGCUGCCAGGGCAGGGCUCCUCCAGCCCCAGGGGUGCCCAGCCCCUGGUGCCCCUGGGCCAGCCAGCCCCAGCCCGGGAUGCCAGCCACGCUGUCCCCAAGGAUGCCCAGCCCCAGGUGGCCCGGGAUGCCAGCCACGCUGUCCCCAAGGAUGCCCAGCCCCAGGUGGCCCGGGAUGCCAGCCACGCUGUCCCCAAGGAUGCCAGCUGGCUGCCAGGGGCCGUGCCAGCCUGGCCAGCGCGCUUCACCCGCACCGUGCACAGCCUGCCCAGCCCUGAUGUGAAGGUGGAGAUGCACAUCCAGGUGAGGAGCCACGAGCAGAGCCCGGCUCCUGGGCCAAACUCUCCGGCAGAAAAGGCCCCAGAGGCGGGCGGGGAGCGCCCAGCAGGGAGCAGGGCGGCGCCGCUGCAAAGCUGGCCGCAGCUGGCGAGCCCCGGGAGGGCGCGGGCGGAGCCGGGCGCAGCGCGGGAGCGGCCCGGGAGCGCCCGGGGCAGCCCCCGGCCCGCCGGCCCCGCGGGAGCGGCCGGGCGCGGGGACCGGGCCGAGCGGCCGGAGCUGCGAGCGGAUGCAGGAGUCAUCGACAGGGAGCUGCACUCCCAGAAAGAGCCCGUGGUCCAGGAGCCCAUGCUGCCAGAUGAUGCUGCAGAUCCUGCCCAGGACCCCAACAACCAGGGGGAGGAUGAGUUUGAGGAGGCUGAGCUGGAGAGACCUGACUUUGAGGAGAAGGUGGGAGGCUCGGAGAAGUUCAAGGAGCCCAGUGUGAAAGAAGAGUGGAAGGAGAAGCCACCAAAGGAUGCUGGCAGAGCUGCCCAGCCCAGGGAAGACCCACUGGAGGAUUACCAAGAAGAUCAGGAGCAAGAAAUUGUACGACACCAAGGAGGAUCAUGGAGGGGAGGUGGAUGACAACGAUGACCUGGAGCUUGUCCAAGAGCAGAAGGAGAGUGUGGGAAGGCCGGGAGCUGCUGGCAAGAAGGAUGACUACUUCUGAGAGCUGCUGAAAAAAACCAGGAUACUCCAGGAAUGAGGGGAUGGGAAUUCCUCCUGGGAGCUGCCUCCUGAACAAAACACUGCCCAGAGCAAAGGCAGGAGGAGGGAACUCCCUGCAGAACUCUCUGCAGGCCCUGGCAGGGGGUUUGCAGAUGAAAAUCCCAUCUUGGUGUGGAGCCACUGCUGCCUCUGAGAUCCCAGAAUGGGAAUGAUCUUCUCCUGCUGCUUUUCUUAGCAGCACUUCUUGAUUUACUGUGUUCUUCAUCCUCUUGUUCUUCACACCCCCUUUCUAAGCUGGAGAGGGUUUUUUGGCUGGUUUUGGCGUGUUUUUACAUCCCCUUUUGAAGCUGGAGAGGGUUUUUGGGCUGGUUUGGGGUGUUUUUACAUCCCCUUUUGAAGCUGGAGAGGGUUUUUGGGCUGGUUUGGGGUGUUUUUACAUCCCCUUUUGAAGCUGGAGAGGGUUUUUGGGCUGGUUUGGGGUGUUUUUACAUCCCCUUUUGAAGCUGGAGAGGGUUUUUUGGCUGGUUUUGGGGUGUUUUUACAUCCCCUUUUGAAGCUGGAGAGGGUUUUUGGGCUGGUUUGGGGUGUUUUUACAUCCCCUUUCAAAGCUGGAGAGGGUUUUUGGGCUGUUUUGGGGGUGUUUUUACAUCCCCUUUCAAAGCUGGAGAGAGUUUUUGGGCUGGUUUUGGGGUGUUUUUACAUCCCCUUUUGAAGCUGGAGAGGGUUUUUGGGCUGGUUUUGGGGUGUUUUUACAUCCCCUUUUCAAGCUGGAGAGGGUUUUUGGGCUGGUUUGGGGGUGUUUUUACAUCCCCUUUCAAAGCUGGAGAGAGUUUUGGGCUGGUUUUGGGGUGUUUUUACAUCCCCUUUUGAAGCUGGAGAGGGUUUUUGGGCUGGUUUUGGGGUGUUUUUACAUCCCCUUUUGAGGCUGGAGAGUGUUUUUUGGGCUGGUUUUGGGCUUUUUCUACCCCCCUGGGCAGCAGAGGGGUGCCUGAGCUGGUCCCUGGACUCACCCUAAUACAAAGGAAUCUGUCUUCACAAA